GAGAAAAAUGGAUCAGGUUCUCGGAGUAUAAAUAUCGUACGCGUUGUUUGAAAUAUAACGAUUGAUAACAGCUUAACAGCUAAUUCAUUGUUAGGAUCGGAUACGGGAUCAGUUCGCUUUCUCGGUGGAGAAAGAGAGAGAGAUGUCGUUUGGUUACGUGAAAAAAUCAGCGAAUAAGAGAGCAACAAUAACAAUAACGAGGCCGGCAAGAACAAUCGUACAGCGAAACGUGUUUCCUCGUCUCCACAAACAAGGGAGGAAGACACGUGAAUCGAAGAGAUCCUCCGUCCGUCCGAGGAUGAACGCGCAGAUCUUCUCAGACAAUGAAAAAAUAUCCGCGAGCGAAUUGAUGCGGCUGGGAAAGCUUCUUAAGUUAAUACCUUGCUGUUGCUGACAAACAUUUUUCUCCUCCGUUUCGCUGAAAGGGGGAAAAUCUUUAUCUGUUUGAUUAUGAGAGACCGGUUCUUGCUCGUAAAAGAGGUCGGGACUAACCAUGUCCUCUAAGAGACAUCGCGGGCGAAUAUUAAGUAUAGAUAACAAAAUAGUACAUGAAGGCUAUAAUAGAUAGGAUGAGUGCAUCUCGACACAACGAAGCGCGUUGCUUCAAUGAGAACUCUCCCAGGCCACCAGUGCCAGGAGAAGAAACCGGAAGCUAUGUCAGCCGGAUCCGUCCACAGAGUCCCGCUCUGACACCUAGACGUUCUUCUUUCGCGACACCGCACGCCUCCAGCGGUGAUUGCGAUGCUUCCGCGCCAUUGGGAUUCGAACCGGAGGGUUGUUGCGGAACCACUACCAUGGAGAGCAAUUCGCCUCCCGCUUAUGCAAGAUGGGCGAGAAAUCUGCACUCCCUGUUAGAGGAUCCGGUGGGUCUGGAGCUAUUCAAGAAGUACCUGGAUCAAGAGGGCCACUUGGAUCCGCUCAAUUUCUGGUUUGCCUGCGAGGGUCUCAAGGAGCAGAAAGACGUUGACAGGAUCUCGCAGCUGGUGAAGCUCAUCUACCGAAGGUUUUUUCUCAAGUCUCAGCUAACCAUAUCGGAGGAUGUGAUGAAGGAGGCGGAUCGGCGGGUCAAGGAAGGCCGCGCCGAUCAGAAGGUCUUCGAUAUCGUGCAGCUGGAAGUCGAACGACUGAUCAACGAGACGACGUAUCCCAAUUUCCUUCAGUCCGACGUGUACCUCCACUAUGUUCAAUCCUGCCAGAAUACCGAUUCGGGCGGUUGUCCGAGUUCAGGCUCGGGCAGCCGCGAGAUGUCCAUCUCCUGCGGUCCGAGUCUACUGCCUACUGUGCACGAAGACAGCGAGUACGACUUCAUGCAAAAUUCACAUUCGACUUGCGGAACACCUGGAGAACUGAGGGAAUUAAGAUUAACCAAAGAUGUCCUGAUGGCUACCCAACAGAGUAGAGCGAUGGAUCUACGACCAAAACCGGAGGCGUUCGCAGGCAUUUACUUGCAACAUGGGACUAGUCCGUAUCACAUGCACGUAUCCAGAUUGCACGCACAAUAUUCCUCCUACAAUCCAGUAUCCAGACAGGAUUCCGAGCUUCAGAGUUUGAGCAGUGAUGCACGUACCGAAGUGGACAAUAUGUCCCUCAACGAUGGAUCCAUCGACGGGACGAGCGGCAGACAGAGGAGCAAAAAGCAAUACGCGAAGCAAUCUAGUAGAGCAAUCAAAGAGUCGGCAAAUAUAAAUCGCGAAUCCAUGGCGCACCACGUCGUUCCGCGAACCCAGCGCAUGGCGUCCCCGAAACAGAUGCCGGCGAAGCAAUUCGCGGAAAUGCUCACGCAUAAAUUGGAAAUUCUGGCGCGGGAGCAAAAGUCGCAGGAGAAACUGGACAAAUAUUUGCAAGAGAACGAUCUGGCGGUCGGUAACGACGUGUCGUCAGAAGCAAUGAACGGGACAGCUCACAAGACUCUGGGUGAUGCGUUGAAGGAGAAAUUGCUCCUGGAGGAAGAUAGCGAUCAGGCGAUCCUCGACGAGCACGUGUCCCGUGUCUGGUCGGACCAGACACCGUCGAGAACCCCUAGGCUGUCGCCUGAGAGGAGACGUGUGAUGCACAAUCAUCCACGAUGUUACAAGCAGAGGAAAGAAAAGGAUGUGGACUCCACUUUCUCAGUGGAUAGUGGUAAUAUCCACGAUUUCCAGGAUGGUAGCGAUCUCGUCGGAGCUAGUUCCAUGAGUUCGUUAGGCUCGCAUCUGCCAAAAUCUAAAUCCGUGCCAUCCGAUUACGCCGAUUCCCUCCACAAACAGGUGUAUCUCCAGGGUCAUGAACAGAGAUUCCGAAGGUCGGACGUAACAAGACGAUCAGCCACAAAGAAAUCGAUGGCAGAAUUAACGGACAGCGGGGUGAGCGUCGUCAGCGACGUGCCACCUUCCAUAAAUAAGGAUAUUCGCCUGUUGCCCCGAUUUAAGGAAGCAGACAAGAAGGCGGAACUGAAGCAUAGUAGUCGUCACGGCAAGAGAUUUGGUUCGCGUAGUGGAUCUUUGGAAAGACCAAACAGAGAAACCUGGAGUAUGGGUGUACCCGCUCAACCGUUUGUCGCUGAUCCAGGAAUGCCACCUUUAACGCCACCUCACACGGUUAUACAAUUAGAGGAGACAUGUAGGAGAUUACUGGAGGAAAAUAGAAUACGCGCCAAUUGCAAGCAACGACAUUUGAAUGUUUCCAAACAGGCGUUCGAGUUGCAGAGCCAAUCGUACGUUCAGUCCAAUCAGUCCACGUUGAGGAAACCGAAGCAGGACGCGGGCGACUUUACCAUUGUUGUGUUCAGUUUCUGUGACGAGCAGUUCCCAUACAGGACGAAGAUUCCUGGUCACAACGUCACUUUAAAACAGUUCAAGGAGUAUCUUCCGAAGAAAGGGAGCUAUCGAUACUUCUUUAAAACGGAGUGCGAGGACUUGGAUAUGAAAGUCAUUCAGGAAGAAAUAACGGACGAUACCGAGGUUUUGCCACUCUGGGAAGGCAAAGUGAUGGCGCAAGUUAAAACGCUCGAGUAAUAGACUGAAUAGAAAAAAAUGAAACGAGCGAGAGAACAACAUGCACGAUUUUUAACCAAGUGCCGCAAUAAAUAUUUAAGAGAUCCGACACACAAUAUACAUAGGCGUCCGCAGGGGGGGGGGGCAAGAGGAGGCAUUUGCCCUUGGAAUCAGUAACAAAAUAAAGCUUUUGCUUUCCUUUUAAAUAAACACUAUUAUUUAUUUGUAUAUUUAAUAUAAAAAAAAAUAAAAAUAAC